AUGAUUGAGAGGGUGAAGUGUUCAGUAAGCUUAGAUGCGCUUCGGAAUACUCGCGUCUGCGCCCAGGAGCAUGCUUUACUUGUGACUGCACUGAAGGACGAGUUGAGUAUGGAGCUUAGAACCUACAAGAUUGCAAUGCGAACUGUGUUUGUGGCCCGGAUGCGCCGGCCAUUAUCUAUUCGUACGACAGAGUCAAGGUGGUGGCAUGCUUAUUGUACCGCUACUUCAUCCAGUAUGUUGCUGGUUACAUCUAUACCCAUUUCUCUUGAUGGCAACAGUCCGCAUGCAGAGAGGGGCAUCUUCUUCUAUCGUGUCUCUGCAAAAGACUUGUCCUUGACUUCUCUCUUUCCCGUCACGUCCAAUCUUCCGAUACAACAAGUUAGUGACGUUGCCUGUUGGCAAGGAGAUUCUGGCAGUCUGCAGGACAGCACGAUACUUCUUCUGGGUAGUGAAGAGCUGUCUGGCAGCACCGCAUGUGUCAUAAUCGAAAACAAAAGGGCCCAUAUGCUAGGAAGCGCAACUCAAAUGAAGAUACUAUGCCAGUCAAAACACAUUGCACUCUUGUCUGUACAGACUACUGUAACACAGAACUCAGCUAACCUGCUUCCCAGUGGCUUAUAUCUUUUGCGCUAUCCGCAUUAUGAGUUGAUACGUAUCACCCCGGAUGGCCAUAUGAAUCAAAACACACUGGUGUUACAAGGACUCCUGCUUCACCAAGGGUUUCUUGUACUCCUAGGACGACACCAUGGACAUCUAGCAUUGACCAUACACUACCUACUUACUGACACAGCCCCGAAGCUCAUCAUGUGUGCAGAGGCAAGGCUUACAUUCUCUCUGCAACCUCCACAGAUUCUUAUGUUUGACACUUACCAUAGUAUUUUCAUCAUAGAUGGCAGUUCGGAAGGCUACCUUACCAAAGAAGCUCGUCGAGUGGAUUUACUGUCUGUGCUUGUUUGUGCAACGGAUGAGGCGACCGCCACACAGCUUAGGUACGUCAGAGCUGCUCUUUCACUACUAACAAAGGCUGUUACAGAAGGGCUCCACGAGGCCCAGAUCGACCGGGCUGCAUCUGUUGCGGUAGCCAAUCGACUAAUGAGCCACACAAAUAACACCGUCGACAACUUCAAUUCAGCGCUGGCCAGAGCCCAAAAGCUAGAGGAGGCAGAUGUCAAGCAGCGACAGCGCAUACUGGAGUUGGAAGAGGAGCGGAAAGGAGAUGACGCUCUACUUGCAGAGUUCGCCCAGAAGAACCAGGAGCUAGAGCAGUGCACCGCGGACCAGCUGAACAUGAUGCGUGCAUACCAAGACACGAUUAGCAAGCUACGAAGCCUUCAAGACGCCAAGAAAGAACAGCUCAUUCAUCAGAUGCAGAAUGUAAUGGGUCAUGCUUCUUCUCUGACACGCGAGCUACAAUCCUUAAUAGAAGAGGUUGACAAGUGGUCAUGA